UAUGAGGCGACCCUUUCAAAACUUCUGGUAUUAUUCGCUCAUAUGAAGAAGUGUUAGCUUUUUUAAUAUUCGUAGUAUUAUGACGUAAUUACGUUGACGUAAUUAAUUGUCAAUGUCAACGAAAAGGUCAUGUUUUGUAAUUCGUCCAAAUUUUUAUACUUUGUCGUUAAAUUUAAAUAAUUUUUAACGCAACUUGCCAGUAUCGAAAAAUCAGCGGGAGUGAUAGCCAAGUAUAAUUCUCAAGUUUCAUUAUUAACAUGCUUCUUCUAUGGACCAAAGUAAAGACAUAUUUGGAAUAACUUCUAAAUGUAGUAUUGAUUUCCAUGAAGUUUUACGAUUUCCUAACGAAAAAAGAGUGGUGGCUCGACGUCGUUGGGCUAUUUUGGCUAAAGCCCUUAAGAGCCCCACAGAAAGUCAGCCUUCCAGUCCAACUGAUGAAUGUUCCGUACGUCGAAUUUCCUCCUUCAUGCUAUUGAAAACACAGGAGCUUACCUCAUUGCCUCUAGUAAUUAAAGAAAACCAAAACAUUGACCAAUUAAAAAAAUAUACAUGGUAUAAAUAUUCUAUAUGUAUAAAUGGUAGCGACUAUUUUUUAGAUAUAGCUCAUAGAAACCGCACUUUUUCCGCUGAAGAUUUAAUGGGAUUUAACAACACUGGUAACAUUUGUAUAUGGCCAUCUGAAGAAACAUUAAGCUACUUUGUUUGCUCAAAUUUAGAAAUAUUUAGAGACAAAAAUGUGAUAGAGUUGGGUGGGGGUAUGUCUUGCUUAGCGGGACUGUUCGCUGCCAAAUAUGGUCGUGCUAAAAGUGUUCUAGUGUCCGAUGGAAAUAAAGUAUCCGUAGAGAAUGUUCAAAUUACACUCAAAUGCAAUGAGUUUGGAAGUGAAGUCAGCUGUGCGAUUCUCGAAUGGUCUUCCUCCGUUAUAAAGGAUCAGUAUGACGUUGUUCUUUGUGCUGAUUGUCUAUUUUUUGACGAUGCGAGAACUGAUUUAAUCAAUUGUCUGUGGUGCUGUCUGGCCAAUAACGGUACUGCGUAUAUAAUGGCUCCACAAAGAGGUACUACCUUAAAUAUGUUCAUCAAACAAUCUGAAGAGAAAGGCUUCACUUGUAAAAUGAUUUUAAGAUAUAGCGAUGUUGUUUGGGACAAACGAUUAGCACUUCUGGAUAAUUGUGAUUUUGAUGAUAAUAUUCAUUACCCUAUACUCAUAGAAGUGACCAAAGAAUAAGUGUCCUUAGUAUUUGGCAUAUUAUAUAUUUAUACCAAUAACGGUAAUUUAUUAUUAUUAUUAUCAUUAUUAUUAUUAUAUAGACGACCAUAUUCCUUAUAUAUAUCUAGUCUGAUAUUUACCUUAUCUGUGAUAAUUAAUACCAAUUUCCUCUGAAUGUUAGUAUUUGUUAGAAAUCUAUUUGUUUAUUUAUUAAAUUGUCAAUAUAUUUACAUAAAAAUUAAAUUAAUCGCCAUAAAAAAACUCUUUUCCUCUAAUUUUUAUAAUGUGACAAUACUGAAUAAGAAAACUAUCCAGUAGCAUUUCAACUAUAGUGUACUUACUAUUUUAUUAAUUCUGUGGUACUUUUCACAUAAAAUUGUAGCUUUAGUUAACACAAAGUGAACUCAAAUUAAAUUUAGGAUAGGUUACAAAUCGAAUCAAGAAAUCUUUAUUAAGCUAAAUUUUGAGGUUCUGCCCAUCUGUUCAAAAAAUUUUCAAUAAUUUUUCUUCGUUUUGUUUGUUUUAUCGACGCAUUUGAGAUAAAAAUUAGCCCCAAGUUUAGAAAUCAAAAUUUCAACAUUUUUUUGGUUGUUAAAAAUAGAUGAAAAUUAUUAUAUUAUAUCAUUAAUCGUACCAUUAUUUUCAUCAACAAGAAACAAAUUGUUGUACACUAAUUAAACCAUUGUGGGAUUCACGCAACGUUACAAAGAAAGUAUGAAGAAAGAGAAUCCUAACCUAACCUAAAAAGUUUUUAAUAAUUUGUAAAAAUUCUUUAAAUUUGGACAUUAAAUUGCUUUUUUUUAAUUGUUCAUUUUUGUACAUACUUUCCAAAAACAUACCGAUAAAAAUAUAGCUUUCAGACAAAUGGCUCUUUAAUGUACCUAAAAAUAAAGAAAA